AUGGCGGCUCUGUCUCUUCCUUCGACUCCGAGGGCAACCCCUCCAGUGCCUCCCACCGCGGAGGGAGACCUGACCCCUGGAAAAUGGCGACACCCUCAGCUGGAUGAGAUUGUCCGGCGCCAAAAUGCAGCUACAUUUGACGACAAGAACAUUAAGAAACUGGGCUGGAAUGCUGCAGCGCUGACAUUGAGCUGGACAUUCGGACCUGCAUUAAAGAAACACUCCCUCCAACUCUUCGAUACCAGCCAUAUGGUUCACGAGAUCCCGUUGUUCAUCGUCCAGAUCUUCUUUAUCUUCAACAUUCUAGUCGCCCUCUAUCCCCUCUUCCGGGCCAAGGACGACCUCUCCGACAUUCCUCUUACCCCCACCCAGCGUUCGCUUCUUGGUCUUGAUCCUUCUGUCACUCCUCCCGCUACUCCUGGGACAUCCUUUGUCACUCCUCCCAGAUACCGACUCUCGACUUCCCGCAAGCCCAGUCCAGCAAGCAGACAAUCCUCACCCAUGUCCGCAAAUGGAAGCUUUUCCGAGCGUCGGUCCUCCAUAGGUACAUCGACACAUUACUCGCCAGUGUCUAGCCCGCUGCUCUACAAGGCAGUCUCGAAUGGAGGCAGGGAGUCUGUUGGGGGCAGGGAGUCUUUUGGGGGCAGGGAGUCUUUUGGGGGCAGGGAUUCUUAUGGAGGCAGGGAGUCUCGCAGGGAGUCUCGCAAGAACCAGAGCCUCGGAUCGGCAUCCCCUCUGGCUCGCAGCAACUCCUUGGGAGAGUCGACCGUGUCUAGCGUUGGCCCUAGUACCCCCUCUCCAUUGCGUGAUCAGCUCCUCUUUUCCGCGAUGGGGGCUUCGGAGUCCAAGCUUGUCUUCAAACAGGGCAUCUUCCGCCUCUCGGAGGAACAGGAGAUCCCCGCAGACGACCCCUACUGGACCAGAUUUUGGGAGCUCCCUGAAUCGACCGAAGAUGUCUUUAGUCUCUUCACGCCGGCAGACAUCCGACGCACGCGCGAUCAUUCCUUGCCCAACUUUCGAACCCUCAUACUUGCAAUCACCUCACGGCUGGUUGUAUUGAAGAACCAUCCCUCGUUCCCGGACCCCGAUCUUGCUCCGGAGCGCGACCUGCUUAACUGCAUUCGGAUCCUCACUCGCCUACUCCCGUAUGUUUACGAGUCGGAGCAAUUGGAACUAUGGGAGGAGAACUUCUUUUGGGCACGGCGAAAGAGAAAGACAAGACGAGCGCAGAUCAUUGGCGAGGUCCUCUUUGACGAAGCCCAACCCGAAAACGGGUCAGAGACCACAGCACCACGCACGGAGGAUUACGAAGAUGCGAAGCCUUUGGCGGAGGAGUUGAUAGACACGUUAAUGGACCUGCUCUUCUUCGCCGAUUUCACCAUCCCUCAGCUUCCAACUGCGAAGAGCAAGGUCUCGUUCUCCAUCUGGCAGAGUGGUGUCGGCUGCAACACGGCAAUGGGAUCCAACAAAGCAUUGGAGAGUAAUCGAUGCGAGAUUCUCCGGCUUUUGCUUACUCUGACCGGAAAGGCCAUGUAUUUGCCAGCCAACACAUUGCCCGUACAAGGCGUCAGGGCCAUUACUUACAUCACAACCUGCCAAGAUAAGCAGGCUGUUUUGACCCUUCUCUGUUCGCUUCUCAAUACGGCAAUGAAGUACAACCCUGCAUCUUGGAGGGUCCCAUACGACCACGUUGUUUGGAAAGAUCCAAGGCAAAUAUUGGUGAUCUACUGCGUGCAGCUUCUACUGGUCCUGUUGUUGUAUCCCAUUCCAGAGGACGGCCGUGGAACUCCGCCCAAGAAUUAUUAUCGCCAUUAUUUCGGCAGGCUACAUAGGCCUCAGGACUUCCAAUUUCUCGUGGAUGGCAUGACAAGGAUCCUGAACCAGCCGAUGCAAGCUACAAUAUCUUAUCUUCCCGGAAGUCAGAGAUCGGUGAAAUGGGCCCCGGAGAUGUUGAUACUUUUCUGGGAGACGUUGCAAUGCAACAAACGAUUCAGGUCAUUCAUUAUCGACUCCAAUCGCUCUCAUGACUUCCUUGUUCUGUGCAUCUUCUACGCGAUGGAGUACAGACUGGAUCCCUCCAAACAAGGAGUAGUCCGGAUGUGCAUUUUCAUCCUUCAGACAAUGAGCGCCGAGUCGACAUUCGGAAAGAGUCUGACCAAAAGCUUCGAAGCUCAAGAAACCCUACCACAAUCCAUCCGGCUGCCCAAGUUUCGAGGAUCUUAUGCCGACUAUCUGAUCAUGUCAAUCCACACUCUGAUGACAACGAGCAAGGGAAACUUGGACACAGUUUAUCCCGCUCUGCUGAUCAUUCUCAACAACGUUGCCCCCUAUAUCGAACGCAUUUCUCCGAGUGCCUGCUCGAAGGUCAUCCAGCUCUUCUCUUCCAUGUCUGCCCCCAGCUUCUUAUUGGCAAAUGAAACCAACCAUACCCUGCUUGCCUCAUUGCUCGACUUCAUCAAUAUCAUACUCGAGCACAAAUUCACCGACAAUCCAUAUCUCGUUUACUCAGUACUGAAAUACAAGCAACGCUUCGAAGCUGUGCGCGCCUUCACUCUCGAAAGUGGGCAGCAGGAAAUCGAGCGCCAGAACGAGAAGAGAAAGGCUGGCAGUGCCGAUGUGCCUGCUAGUCCAAGAUUCUCACAGUCAGAGGAUGACCUCCAUACUCCAUCGGGUCCCCGUUCGCCCUUGACCGGGAUCCCUGAAGAGAACAGCCCGUUUGCAAUUGGCAAUGAUGACUCUGAUAAUGAACAUGAGGAAGAGGGAGCACACACUCCGUCUCAAUCAUCACCCUCCGCUCAAACCUCACGGAGACCCUCCGUAGCAUCCACGACAGAUGACAAUGGAGUGCAACAACUUCGAGCAAUGUCCGAAAAGGCGCGAGGAAAGAAACCCGCUGGGCAUCCUCCUUUUUCCAGACAAAACAGCAUGACUAGUCAGACAAGCAUGUCGGCUUUGUUCACACCAUCUGCUAGCGGCUUCACACCGACUGUCCCCUGGCUCGAGUCAUGGUUGCCCGAACUACCUCUCCACACAAUUCUCACCAUCAUCUCGGCAAUCGCGCCUCAUAUACCCGACACGGCGCUCACAAACGCAGCAAGCCCAGAGGCCCGCACACUAAUCCACAACCUGCCAUCAUUUUCCGAAGAGCCGGAGGUGGCAGGGAUUAUUUCCGAAGCGACUCCUGUUCGCGUGCAAUCGUUCGAAUGGUCCGCGCUGUCUAUGGGCUGGUACGAAUCCCUCUUGUGGGGCUUCAUCUUCUCCAGCGAAAUGGUAGUCGGUUCGGCUUCUGGCGCAACCCCAGGAACCGUCGGUGUCUGGAACGGCACAGGCAUCAAGCUGUUCAGAGUUCAGGAAGCGGCCGCUCAAGGACCGACUUUGAUGGCGCCUAAAGGUGCUGUCGAUGCUGUGGGCAGCAACCUUGUUCAACGCAUCGGAAACCUCCGUCUUCGGGGUCGGAACUCGCAAGAGUUGGGAAAUAACGCGCCAAGUGCGCGGGAGGUUUAG